CUAUGGAGUCAAAGCUGGUGAAAAAAUUGUUAAAAAUGUACAAAAACAGUUUAUUCGAAGGAAAAAACAUCUAUCUGGCGUGUAAGGAGGUACAAAAGAUGCGGAAGUACAAAAUUUUUCUGGCGAUGACAGCUAAUUUGUUGAACAACGGUACAUAUAAUUUAUUGUUCAGUUUAAUGGCUAGAAAAAUGGUAAGUGUAGUGGUUACAACGGGUGAUUUUGUGGCGUAUGACAUUCUCAAAACAUUGACCGGUAAAGAUCUAAAUGAAAAAGUGUACACCGCUGAGGAUAAAAUAGUAGUGCGAGAUUUUAUCGAGCAGAUUGUGCAGGCAAACUAUGAAGAGUGCAUGCCACCAUCCGAGUUCCUGAAAAUAAUCGGAUGUAAAUUAGGAUCUGACUCUCUGCUCGGACAGGCAGCCAAAAAUGACAUACAUUUUUACGCACCAACCAUCUGCGAUUCGCUGAUAGGCUUGUAUUGUCAUAACAUUUGUAUAGACCCUCUCAAAGACGCAUACAAUAUUAACAGCGAGUGUUUCUUUGUGAAAAGGACCGGUGCAAUUAUUCUUGGUACGUCUAUCAUCAAACACACGGUUCUCAACGCCAAUCUUUUCAAAAACGGUCUCAACAGCUGCGUUGUCGUGAACUCGUGCAAUGAAGUGGAUGGAAGUGAUUCUGGCGGUGAUGUUGAUGAGGCAAUAAGUUGGGGAAAAAUCCGCAAAAAUACCACUUCUGUGAAAGUUCGGGCAGAUCCCUGCAUAGUGUUUCCCAUUAUUGGCAGCUAUUGGCUCAGUAAAGCUUGAAAUA